AUGGCAACAGAAAACUUUGCUCAACCGGCAGUUCCAAGGUUUGAUGGUUAUUAUGACCAUUGGGCCAUGUUAAUGGAGAAUUUUCUCCAUUCAAAGGAGUAUUGGAGCAUAGUAGAGAAUGGGAUUCCUUCAAUAGCCGGAGGAUCAAUGCCUACUCAAGCACAAAGAAAUGAAGUUGAAGAGGCAAGGCUAAAGGAUAUGAAGAUCAAGAACUACCUAUUUCAAUCGAUUGAUAGGACCAUUAUGGAGACAAUUCUUGACAAGAGCACAGCAAAGAGUAUAUGGGAUUCAAUGAGGCAGAAGUAUCUGGGCUCCACCAGAGUUAAACGAGCUCAACUACAAGCUCUUAGAAAAGAGUUUGAGAUCCUACAGAUGAAAGAGGGUGAGAAGGUUGAUGAGUACUUUGCCAGAGUUUUGACUAUUGCAAACAAGAUGAAAGCACAUGAAGAAAUAAUGGGGCAGAACGUGAUUGUGGAGAAAAUCUUGAGAUCGAUGACUUCCAAGUUUGACUAUGUGGUAUGCUCAAUAGAAGAGUCCAAUAAUGUGGACACAAUGACCAUUGACGAGCUUCAAAGCAGCCUUUUGGUUCAUGAACAGAGAAUGAAUUGUCAUAGUGGAAAUGCAAGGGAUGAACAAGUUUUAAAGGUUUCGUAUGGAGAAAGUUGGGAGAAGAGUGCAAACUAUGCUGAGUUCGAUGAAGAAGAAGAGAUGCUCCUCAUGUCGUAUGAUGAAGUCAAAAACUUGAAAUGA